UUUAUUUCUUCAACUAUCCAUCUUUAAGGUUUCAUCAAAUCCAAAAAUGGCAGAUAUACGUGAUGAGCGCGGCAACCCGGUUCAACUUACGGAUGAACGCGGCAACCCUGUUCAACUUACCGACGAACGUGGUGUUCCCAUACAUCUCAGCGGCGUCGCCACCGCCACCACUCACGGUGGCACCACCAUUGGGUCAGAGCUCCAUGAUAAGACAUGGCAUGAUCACGCCACCUUGGGUUCCAAGACGCACGGCGGAACCUAUUUUGCUCCGACGCCGGUAGACUACGCCAAGCGUGGCGGCGAGGCAAUCGCUAGUGCCGGUGCAGCAACUAUGGGUGUGGCAGGCGGAGAUGGAAAAGCUGCUACUGGUUCUGUUACCGGCGGUGGAGCACCGGUGAGCCAUACCCAGGCUCAUGGUGCUGGAGAACAUGAGAAACAGUUGGAACGAUCAAGCAGUUCUAGCUCGAGUUCGGUAAGAAUAGCAGGAGGAAGAAGGAAGAAGAAAGGUUUGAAGGAGAAAAUAAAAGAGAAACUUCCGGGGCACGGCGAGAAAGCCGCACACAGCAGAGACACCAGAGCAAGCAGCGUCACCACCGGAGCCGGAGCAACGGCAACGGCCGGUGAGCAACACCAGGAGAAGAAAGGUCUGAUGGAUAAGAUUAAAGAUAAACUUCCCGGCCAUCAUUGAUCAUUAUCAUAAUUAAUUAUAUUUAUAUAUAGUUUUUUAUUUUUGCUAUUUACAGUAUGGUUUUUGUGUGUGUGUAUAGCGUGUAGGUUGGAUUGUGAUUUUCA